CCAAAAAUUUGGCCGAGAAUACAUAAAAGAAGAAGAUUAAAAAAAAAGAUAAAAAAGGAAAAACUGCGCGGAAUUCAACGGCCGAGACAAUAUAAAAGAUAAGGAGGAGAGAAUGAUGGUGAGUUGAGAAGUGAGAGUCCAAGUGUACAAACACAGAAGAAGGCCAACUGGAAGAAAAAACCCUACAAAAGCCUCACUGGGCCUACUGAAAUAUACUCAACCCAAUGGCUGCUUCUUCUCUUAAAUCUGCAGCUGGUUUUCUGCAACUGAAGAAGCCUCAAAAUCCAUUGCUUCUGCGCUCUCCAUCUCAAGCAUCCACACUCUCACUCAAGAAAUUUACUCCAAUGGCUGCUCUCACCGCCACCCCAGCCGUCGGUCUCUCCCAAACCUUCACAAAGUUGAAGGAGCAAGGCAAGGUUGCAUUGAUCCCUUACAUCACUGCUGGUGAUCCCGAUCUUUCAAUCACGGCAGAAGCAUUGAAGGUACUUGAUUCUUGUGGUUCGGACAUAAUCGAAUUAGGUGUGCCAUAUUCUGAUCCAUUAGCAGAUGGUCCAGUUAUACAGGCUGCAACCACCCGUUCCUUGUCAAAGGGGACCAAUCUGAAUUCAAUUGUUUCAAUGUUGAAGGAGGUGAUUCCACAAUUGUCUUGCCCAAUUGCUCUCUUUACAUACUAUAACCCAAUAUUGAAGCGUGGAAUUGGAGAAUUCAUGUCCACCAUUAGAGACGUUGGUGUACAUGGGCUUGUGGUUCCAGAUGUUCCAUUGGAAGAGACGGAAAUUUUGAGAAAGGAAGCUGUGAAACAUAAUAUUGAAUUGGUAUUACUAACUACGCCCACUACACCAAUUGAUCGGAUGAGGGCCAUUGCUGAAGCUUCAGAAGGAUUUUUGUACCUGGUGAGCUCGAUCGGAGUUACCGGUGCCCGUGCAUCUGUGAAUGAACGAGUUCCUGCUCUUUUGAAGGAAAUUAAAGAGGCAACGUCAAAGCCUGUAGCAGUUGGUUUUGGCAUCUCAAAGCCCGAACAGGCGAAACAGGUAGCAGGAUGGGGAGCUGAUGGUGUCAUUGUUGGCAGUGCAAUCGUGAGGCUGUUGGGUGAAGCCAAAACUCCUGAGGAAGGGUUGAAGGAACUAGCAAUUUUCACCAAGUCUCUAAAAUCUGCACUCCUGUGAUCGCAUUCUCUGAGAUUUUGAUUUUGAUUUUUUUUUUUUCCUGGCCUUUUGGACCACAAAUUAGUCAUCUUUACUGCAAAAGCUGACUUCUACACGGCAUUAUAUGCCCGAAUGAUGUAUAAAGCUGCAGUUGUAAUGUGCAAAAAACUUUGUCGAAAAUAAAAGAAGAUGCAAGGGUUAGAUCAACUUUUAUAUUUCAA